AUGGUCACCGAGCAGAUUUUCCCCGCCAUUCCCAAGAUCAACGCCAAGGAGCCGGCGGUUUUGAUGGCGAUUUUGGGCAUCUAUCAGCGAAUUUCCACCGGUUUCUCGAUCAGUCCCGAGCUGUGGGCGAGAACGGCUUUGCCCUAUCUGAUGUUCUCUUCAGUUGAUAUGAGCUUGAAUCAGGAUCAAUACCUUCAAUAUGUGAGCUUUAUUGAGACAACACAUAACAAAGUGAAAGAGGAACAUUUGAAGAAAUUGGGCACGAUGAGCGCUGGGCAGGAUGCUGUAAGAACUGGCUCCGCGUCCGCUGUUUUGUCAUCAACAACUCCAAAAUCCGACUCUAUAAACGCUCUCGAUGCCGUCUUUAACCCAGGAGGCUCAAGGCCUAGUUCAGCAUCAAAUACAAGCACACCAGCUAAACAAAAUAGUGGUGUCUUGAGCUUGGAGGAGAAGCGACGCUUGGCUCAACAGCAAGAAGCCGGAAGUGUCACGAAUUCUACGAAUGAUGCCUUUUCGGACCCGCUUGGUCGCGGAAAGAAAGUGCCGAUGAAUCAAAUGAGAUCCUCCGCCUCUCCACAGCCGACGAUUUCCACGGAUUGGUUGAGCUCGACGCCAGCUCCAGCCCCUCAAAUCUCACCGCAAAUCUCACCGAUGAGCGCUUUUUCUGCGAACGGACUUGGCUCGUUUAGCGGUCUGACUGGCUCCACCUCGGCUAGCAAUACCACAUUUUCUGAUUUCGACUCAAUGUUCCCACCGUCCAGCUCGGCCACAAGCGCCUCUUCAAAUGCGAAUUUCGGAAAUCUUGGCUCAUUUGGCGGCUUAGGUCUCCCGCAACCACCGCGUUCUCAAAAUACGGCCAUUCAACGCAAAUCCGGAAAUCCUUUAGACGAUUUGUUGAGUAUGGGAACAAAUCAGAACAAAAUCCCGAUGAAUCAACUGAAUCAAUCAAAUGGGCAAAACAAUCUCAACUCUCUCAAUUCACUCGGCUCUCUCACUCUCAAUCCAACAAAAUCCACUCAGAAUAGUCAAACAAAAGAUCCGUUUGCUGAUCUUAUGUCA